AUGGAAGAGACGUCUCCCGCGCGGGCGGAAGAGGUGAGGGACCCCAAUGCCUCCAAGGACGAGCGAGAAACCUCUGCAGCACCCAAGGCCCUGGCCGUCAAGAACAAGCAGUGUCCGUACUGCAACCAGACCUUUACUUCGUCCUCCCUCGGCCGCCAUCUGGACCAGUACCUCUACAAGAAGAAGCCGGAUGGGGUGCACAAUGUGGAAGAAAUCAGACAGCUUCGCAGCAGUAUCACUCGGCGAACAGCGCGCGGUGGGACAAAGCAGAACAGUCCGGAAGUCUCGUCUGCAUCAGGGCCUGCCUCUGGGUCCGCGGCCGCAAUAGGUGCGGCCUCUGCUGCUACGGGUCCAGAUCCGCACUCUGUCGCUCCGUUGCAGCUCAACUCAAGUGGUGCAGGCAAGCCAUAUCGACUUUUAAUCAACCAGCCAACAUGGCAUGCUACCGGCGUCAUAAACGACAUUCCCAAUUCCUCCCCGGUUUCACAAUUGAGGAUUCCUUCUACUUCAUUAGAGAGAUCGAAUCGGCUUACUAGCUCGAACUCAACCGAGACUACAAGAGCUCUGGAGCUUGCAUUGAGGGAGGUUUUAGAUAGUGUGAAAGCAGCAGCCAGCAACCAUACCCAGUCGAUCUCUCCUUUCGCCUUUGAUCUCCAAUCGCAAACGUUUCCUGCCCUGUGCCUCCAAGCAUUACCGCACCCGCCGAGCCUCUUUUCCACCCACCCAUUCCCGUCGCCCAACUCUUUCCCUAUUGACCCUCCGAGCGUGAACCAGCGGGAAAUAGUACAGCAAGCAUUGCGCGCCCAGGUCCACCAAUGGAAAUACGACCAGCUCACAGCAGCUAACUCUGCGUCGUCCUCGUCCUCGUCACACCAAAGCCAGUCAUCAAGCCAUGAUGCAAGUAUGAUCGAAAAGGUAGCCUAUCACCAUGAGGAGAUGAUCCCACGGCAUCUUGAGCUGUCCUUGCAGAAUUGGAUGGAGCUUUCACCCGCGGCCCAACGGGAGUUGUGGCAUCUUGAGAUAGUACGUGCCUUUGCACGAGAAGCUGAGAAACGGAAGAAGAUUGAGGCUCAGCUACACCGCACACAGCAGGAAGCCAAUCAGUUGCGUGCGCAGGUCGAAAAGCUUGCAUCUUGCCAAUGGCCAAGGGAAUUCGCUAUCUUCCCGCCGAACCUCCUGCCCAUAUCCCCUGAUAUCGCCAGGGAACUUGACAGGCAUGAUAGCCGGAUACACUCGCCUGAGUCGUCGAAAUGGGACUACGACAACCUUGUAGCUAAAUGGCAGCGGGUUGUAAUGCACGAUAGAUCCAUGGGGCGAAGCGGUGUGGGUGGUCUGGAUAACACUAACACCGAAGUAUCGACCCUGCCUAGUAUACCUCGCCAGCCCUAUUCAACACGAGUUGCUUCUCCUCUUCAGAGAAGCAAUCAGCUCCCACCUCCAGUGCCAACAUCACCAAAACACCAGCCGCCAUUCCAACGACAUCCCCAUCCUCCACCAUCCCCUGCUAGACAAUCCCCCCGGAACGAAGACAGAGAGCCGAAUGAACCAGCUGAAUAUUUCCGUCCACCCAAACGCCCACGACCGCAUGAGGAUCAGCCCCCUAAUAGGUUUUCCAGCCCAGGCAGCUCAUCUCCUAGAUAUUCCUGGAAUCACCCACCUGCCCUUGAAUCAUACUCUACCCCACAGAAUCGAUCUAAUUCAGUUUUGUCCCCGACCCUUCCUCGCGGACCCGUGUUCCCGGUCAGUUCUGGAACCCCAGCUACUCCCCCGGCAUCAGGAAGCGCCGCCAGGCAGUCCGGUGGACAAGCUAGUGAAGGCGUAGCCCCUCCACACCGACUGUCAAACGCCUCCGGCCCCACGGAUGGGAGCGGCUCCGAUAGGGUCGAAGCAUCCCCUAAAACACAGAUACAGUAUACCCCCAAAGAACAAGACUCGCGAGAGACACGUUAA